GGGGGUGGAGGAGAGGAGGGGGGACACCGGGAAUAGAGGGGGGGGAUCCGGGCCCUGCCACUGCCUCCAAGCCCCCAGCGCCUUGCUGCUGGGGCUGCAGCCCCUCUUGGGUCUCCUCGCUGGGCGUGGGGGGCUUCUGGGCUUUGCUGACCCCCCCCCCCAACUCGUGUAACCGCCCCCCCCCCCGAGCACUGCGUCCCCCUCCCAGCCAACGCAGAACCCCCCCCACUUUGCCCUCCCUCUGGGUUUUCUCCCUGAUCUUUGCACGCAGGCUUUUGGGGCUUUUUUGGGGGGGGUAUCCUUGCUUUAAGCCUCCCCCCUCCCCUCAAUUAUGGGGUGUGUGUGGGGGGGUGAAACAACGGGGGCUGACUCUUGCAGCGCGCCCCCGGCACCAUGUUCGGCUCGUCCCGCGGCGGCGUGCGGGGGGGCCAGGACCAGUUCAGCUGGGAGGACGUCAAAACGGACAAACAGAGGGAAAACUACCUGGGAAACUCCCUGAUGGCCCCGGUGGGCCGCUGGCAGAAGGGCAAGGACCUGACGUGGUACGCCAAGAGCAAGAAGGAGGCCACCCCGCUGUCCCGCGAGGAGGAGCUGGCUGCUGUCCGCCUGGCCGAGCAGGAGGCCAUGAUGGCAGCCCUGGGCUACAAGAACGUGAAGAGGCAGCCGACGGGGCUCAGCAAGGAGGACCUGGCCGAGGUGUGCAAGCGGGACGGCACGGAGCGAGCUGAGAAGGACGUGGACCGGGUGGUGGGCUUGGGCAGCUCCAGCGGCAGCGCCGGCCGGGUGAUGCUCUCCAAGGAGGACAAGGAGGCGGCCAAGAUGGGGCUCUCCGUCUUCACGCAUCAGAAGGUCCCCGGCAGUCCCGAGGCGUCCGGCUCCAAGAGGAAGCAGGACAAGGAGGAGAAGGCGGAGGAGAAGCGGACGGAGAGCGGCAAGAAAGCCAAAAAGGAAAAGAAGAAAAAGAAAAAGAAAAAACACAAGAAGGAGAAGAAAAAGGACAAACACCACAAGCGGGCGGCCUCCCCUUCCUCCUCCUCCUCCUCUCCGGACCGCGACGAGAGACACCACCGCAGGAAAGCCCAGGAGCGCCCUGAGGUGUCAAGACAGCGGCGCUGCCACGACACCACGGACUCCUCCUCCUCCUCUUCCUCCUCCAGCAGCGAGGAAGGCUCGGGCAGGAGCCCCUCGCGCCGCCCGGCCCGCAGGAGGGCACCAUCCCCGCGCCACAAGGGCAGGAAGAGGAGCAGGAGCCGCUCUCCCCGCUCCCGCAGCAGGGCCAGGCAACGCCACGACACCGAUUUGGAUGACUGAGGGGUUUGGGGGGGGGGGAGAAACGCCGGAGAUUUUCUAUUUUUUAAGGUUAUUCUGGAAAUUAAAGCCACGGCUUUGCUGGCACAGCCCGCUCGGGGACUCCGGCACGGGAAAGGGGGAGAAUGGUGGAAAAAAAGGAGGAAAACACCCAGCGGGGGGACCCAGACGCCCUUUUCCUUCUCCACGGGUCCGUUACCCCAAAUUAAAACCCCACAGGCCUGGUGUAGAACUGGAAGCAGCACACGCGUCUUGGGGUUACAGAGAGGGGAUUUGGGUGCAGUUACUGUGGUUUUUUAAUCUUUUUUUUUUUUUUUUCCCUUUUGAUGUCUUCGAGUGCUGGCAAAGCCUUUUUUAAGUUUACGAGCUGCAAAAUAAAGGUGAAGCGGAGGCCGAGCGGGCCCUCUGAUGCUGUGGGUGCUCGUUGGGGGUGCCCCAAGCAGGCUGCUGCUAGGAGACCCCCCACCCCGACCCUAAAUUAUUUGAUUUGGGGAGGUUCAGGCACAAGCCACCACCUUCCCAGCAAAGGGAAAAAAAAUGGAGUGAGGGACGUGCCUUUUUUUGGCUGAGAAACAACCUCUUUGGUUAAAAAGGAAACUACACAAAUUACAAAUACUCCCUCUGAGGGGGAGGAGGAGCGGGAUGGGGUCGGGGCGUUUUACCCCUGCAAGAUUUUAAACCUCAGACCCCAACCAAGGGGGAUUUACGUGAAUCUGUGGGUUUUAAAUCAAAUCCUGGUUGCUGGGGAAGGGCUCAUCUCAACAAGGGCCUCGUUUGUUUAAUUAACGCUGCUUUUUCUUCUGCCCAGGACGGGGCUUUGGGGGCAAAAGCCCCGCGCCCGGUGCUGUUGGCAGCAUUUUGGGGGCUUCGUCAUCCUAGUGGGGUGCUGGUACGGGGUGGGACCAGCCUCGUGUGCACAAGGGGUGCAUUGAGCACAGGGGACACGCGGUGGGUGAUAAAGCCCUUCUGUCCCUGCUGCCACCGCUUAACCCUGCUGCUGCUGCGGGAUUCUGCAUCCUGAGAUGCUUUUUGGGGUGGAAUCCGUAUCCCAAGCCUGUUUUUUCUAUGGGAUCGCUCAUUUGAGGUCACCCUGCUGGGGUUUUUGGGGUCUGGGUGGUGAAUGGUGCCUGCUGGGGGUACCCUGAUGCAGGGUGGGGAUGGUACAACGUGGCCACGCUGCCUGGGGAGGGUUAACAGGAACACGGUCCUGGGAGCUCCGGGCUGAAAAGGGAACUUAAAACCCCAAAGGCUGCACAGAUCCCAGCGUGAGGCCCCACAGGCUGGGGUGGAAAGGGGGUGCAGGAGCCUCAGCCUGUCCCCGCUCGUUCAAAUCUGCCUCCUCCCUGGCCAAAGGGGUGGCUGCAGUCCCUGGGGGACUGAUUCCAACUCCCCCAGCUCUGAUAACAUCAGCACCUUUUAUCAGUGCCCUCCUCUUCCUCCUCCAGGGCCCUUCAGGUUUUUUUUAGGGCCAAGCAGCCCUGAAUACCUGUCCUGCCCAGCAGGGCGUGCGGAGAUCGUGAUUCAGAGCUCCAAAUCCCAGGUGGGACGAAGAGCUUUGGAGGAAUAACCUGACUUACCGGAGUUUUGUAAUUCCCUGGCAGUGUUUGCCCAACGCUGUUUACACUUCACCACCGAGAACACAGCCAGAGCUGAGCCCAGAAUAAACCUGGAGCUGGGCAGAGCAACCACAGCACUCAAAACCUGUAACAGGGCAGCCAGGACCAGAACGAGCCUGGAGAAGGCAGGAGGGCAGUCCCAGAGCAGGCUGUGGAAGGGAAAAAAGGAGUUUUAAAUAAAAGGCAGACUUUGUCCCCAGGGCAGAUCAGCCCCAGAGCUUAUUGUUAAGGAAGAAGCUGCUGGGGGCUGCUCAGGAAGCUCAACAGAUGACCCCAAAGGACGCGAGAAGCAGACGACCACCAUCAGGCACCAGGAUGCACAAGACUGCCGCCCGCUUCCUCACUUAAAAAAGGAAAAAAAAAGGUAAAUAUGAGAUCAUAAGUUUUUGUGGAGCUUGAAAUGUGGUUCCAGUUCCAUUUAGCCCUCAGCCAAGCCUAAAAGGGGUGAUACAAAACGACGUGAUACCAGUGCAAGUUUCAUGAAACUUUUUAUUCAACAAGUAUUUCAUUAUGAUUCUGCCAAGAUGAUCAAAUGAACAGCCAGGCAUAAAAAACAUGAAAUAGUUAAGAGAUUUUAUUCUAAUAGCUUUAAUUACAGUGCUUGUUUGUCGAAAUGAAAACUGAAAACAAGUAUACAAAACAGUUGAUUACUAAUCGUGUAUUGAAAGCAAUAAAGGUUUCCACAACACUAAACAAACCAGUUCUGAUAGUUCCUCAAGUUAAAGUUUUAACAGCUCCAGCUUCUUCAGUGUUUAUCAAAAUACAAAAGAAAAAGUAAAGAGGUCGUUUUUUUUUUCGGAUGGCAAAUCUGAACCUUGCAGUAUGAGGGAUGCCACGGGUUUUCACACAUAUACAGAUAUGGGAUUGUUCCAAAAUGGGAUUGAGUACUUCUAGAGUGGAAUGACUCUCCUAACUCUCAUGCUUUUUUUUUUUUUUGUUUUCCCCUAGACACUAUACAUAGAUGUUUGGUGUUUCUCAUGGCAAUUCUUACUUAAGUACAGUACUUUCCGACUAUAGAGCUUAGGACUAGUACAGGCUGUGCUUUCUGUGGAAAAGUUUGCCUUCUGGAGUGGUUUACACGCAAGAAAAGUACAAAACACUUUUUGACAAAUACAACAGGCUAAAAAAAA